AUGUUUGAUGAUGCAGAAAACAUGGCUUCCUCAAUCACUCCAUCUAGAUGGGAAGAAUUGAGGAAGAAAGCUCGACAACUUGAAAACGAAAUAGAUCUGAAACUUGUCUCCUUCAGCAAAUUAGGAACGAACUACAGUCAGCGCGAUGGCUAUAAAGAAAGUUUGGAUACAUCGCCACUUUUAAACAGUUCUUCGAGUGAACGACUUUUUGAAACUAUGGGACUGGAAAUUGAACAGCUUUUAUCCAAGUUGACAGAGGUUAAUGACUCAAUGGCUGAAUACACUGCUGGCUUUAACUUAGGCCAACCUAAUGCUACACAGCUCCACACAUUACAGAGACACAGGGAUAUUUUACAGGGUUACUCGCAUGAAUUUUCAAAAACGAAGGCUAAUAUCCAAGCUUUCAGAGACAGGGAAGAUUUAUUGGGAUCUGUCCAUAGAGAUAUCAACGCAUACAAGACUGGCAUGAACAGAAGGACAGACCUCUACCUAAAAGAAAAUGAACAUAUAAGAAAUUCAGAUCGACUGGCAGAUGAUGUGAUAGGUGUUGCAUUGGCCACAAAAGAAAAUCUUCAGAGUCAAAGAGGUGUUCUUCAUGGUGUCACCAGCCGGUUAAAUGCUGUUACUACUCGUUUCCCUGCUCUUAACAGUUUAAUUCAGCGCAUAAAUGUCAGGAAAAGACGAGAUUCAAUCAUACUGGCCAGUGUUAUCUCUAUAUGCAUUAUUCUGAUGCUCAUUUAUGCCCUUGGAUGAAUACUCAUUGAUGCUGUGGAUAUGAUUUUCAAUGACUCAAAGCUAUGCCUGCGAUUAUCAGCAAUCCCUGAACAGCAAUCCCUUGAAUGUUGCUGAUUUUGACCAGCUCAUGGCAACAAGAGGGAUGUAACUUUGAUUGAUGGGAUCUGCUAUCAGUUGUCCAUUCCAACAUAUUAGUUUUGCUAUAAGCCUGCAUUCCCACAAGAAUUCAGCAAGAACCUACAAAGGUGAACUUCACAAAAAGGAAAAUGAAAUCAGGCAAUCUUUGCCCUCAUAAUUAUCAUCAGCAAGCUACACGAUGGGAGCAAUUUUCAAUUAAUUGUUGAAAAUAAUUGAGGAUUGCACUGGUUUUCCUCACGACUUGGUCAUUGGUGUUUUCCUGCACUUUAUUCAGUUUGGUUUUACUUUGAGUUCUCAUUGGCUCUUAAAGUUUCUUUCAUUUCUUUUGAUUGGUUGUUGUGAUAACUUUGGUUGUUGUUUUACGACACUCCAUGAAAAAGGGCUCCAUAGAGUACCAGUUGAAUGAUUGACUAAGGACUUGCAAAUACUGCUUGUGACCCGUUUGGGUAGUGAUUGAAGACAAGAUGAUGAGAAACAUUCUCCUCAAGUUGAUCACGCUGUGUUUAAGAAAAUAUUUGAAUUGGGAAAUUAGGAAAAAACUCUAGAAUUACUUGUAGCACAAAGUGUGGAAGCUGUUUUAAGUGAAAGGAGAAACCGUGGCAAUUGUAAUUAUUGUACAAUGAAUAAAGGGCACAAGAUAAAUGAGGCACUUUAAUUUUGAACUAGCUUUGCAGACUGGCAUGGCAUUAUAACUUGUCAAAUUUUCUCUCACACAGUAGGUAUAAAUAAUUCAAUAAAAAUCACAUGUGAAGGUGA